GAAGCACACCAUCAUGUCGCGCUCGUUGAAGACCACGGCUACCACCCGCAGCACGCGCCACGUCCACCAUGCCAGCCUAGUCGAACCAUCCUCGCAUUCCCCUGUCCUGGAUGAGCUCCUUGACCUCGGCAUCACCGAUGAUCUCGUAGAACUUCUCGUCGACGCCGCCCUUGCUGCGAUCGCACCAUUUCCAUACUCUUCCGCCUCUUCUGCAGCUUCGUCCUCUUCUGUUGCUUCCCCUUCAUCAACUUCUACCAUCUCCCUUCACGACCCCACCCCCUACUCUCCUUAUCGCACGCACCUCACCGACUUCGUCCACACCACUCUUUGGGCCUCGGGCGCCGACACCCCUGUCGUGCAUGUUGCGCUCGCAUACUUGCAGCGCGCGCGGGGACGAUGCGCGUCAGGAAGGGGUAGCUGGCCGUGUAGGCGCGCGGUGCUUGGCGCAUUGGUAGUGGCAGCGAAGUAUACCAAGGACGCACCGCCCAAGAACCAGCACUGGGCCAUGUACGCCGGCGACAUCCCGCCCUGCUCCGUCUCCCAGGCCGAGCGCGAGAUCCUCGGCGCCCUCCGCUUCGACCUCGCCAUCACGCAGGCGGACCUGCUCGUCCACCAUGAGGCGCUACUCCUUCGCGCGCGCAGCCGGACGCCCGAGCUCGAGUGGGGCUGUGUUAGUGUGGUGGCGCAUAGCGUCGAGGGCGGCGAUAGUACGGAGGGUGCGUAUAGCGCGGAGGGUGGGUACACUGUGGAGAGUGGAUUCGGCGCGUUGAGUACGGAAGGCACUGAGAGCAUGGAGGGCACGGCGAGUAUGGAGGGCGUCGAGAGCACGGAAAGCAUGCAGAGCAUGGAGGCCGACGGCUUCAGCUCGGAGACGCCUUCCUCGGAGGGCCCGACGACGCCCGAGAUGGGUUCGGCUCUAGGACGGGCGCGCCGCGAAGAGGACGAAAAGGCGGCCUGCGGCGCGCUGCUGCAGCUUUCGUACGACCCGCGGGUCUCCUCGGGGUGCGGGUGGCGGAUGUUCUGCCCAGCGGAUGAUGCGGCGGACACCGAAUCGGACGGGCUCGAGCACGUCGGGGUUUCCCCCGACCUGGACACCGCCGCCGACCACGACGAUGGCAUGGGUCACGAAGAUGACUACGACGCAGGCGACCUCCGUUCUUCCCGCGACGACCGACCACCCCUCCUGAACGCCGAGCGCGAGUUGCAGCCCAUGUUUUCGCUGAAGGUGCAACCGCGGAGGGCAGUUACCAUCUCGACUUGGAACCCGCUAGCAGCGCAAGCAUCGACGUCUCAUCAACAAUUAUCUACCUCCCAGUGGCAGCCGCCUACCGCCAAGUGGCAUCUACCACCUCCUACUACCCAUCACCUCACUACCGAGCUGCGCCUCCCUGCGCUGAAGCCUCUUCCAGGCAUUCCGACCGGCGGCGUGCGCCAAAUCAGGAGAUAGUGCCGUGAUGCAAUUAUCGCGCUGCGCCUCCCUUUUGCUUUCCAGGACUGUUGUUUUUCGCUAUCUAUCCCUACCUCAUCUAUAUCUUUCCUUGCAACAUGGGCCUCAUCUGCUCUCCCCUCUGGGCUGUAUCCUCAGAUAUCUAUUCUAUCUUUAUUCCGCCUCGGGUGUGUCAUCUUGUAUGUAGCUAUCUAUCCAUCUCGGGCUUGUGUAUACGUGUUUCUGUGUCUACUCUCAUUCCUCUAUCUAUCGUUUGUCAUUUGUGUCUUUCUACCGUCCUCCCGGUAUUCUAGAGGUUCAGUCAGGCUUUCCAAUGCUCUCCUAGGUGUAGAUAAGGGUGUGAAGGGUCUCAUCGUGCUCGCUACAUAAUGGGUUCUGGCGUAAUGCAAUUUGAGCAGCAUCUAUUGCUGCAUGGGUACUCUUGCCUGCUUUUGUU